CACUGCUUUUAUGUUUUGUUUGCGUGGGUGGAUGGGCGGGUUUGCGCCCAUUUGUUACAACUGUGCGAAUAAUAUAUUAGUUGGAAAAACAUAAAUUAGAACUAUCCAGAAAUGUGCGGUCAUUUGGCUGCUUGGCAUUGCAAUGUCGGAUCGUCGUAAACGUGGUUGUAUGCCCGAAGUAACUGUAGAUUAUCACGCAGUGCCGUUACAUGGGAAUCCAACGGAAAAUCUCAAUCGAAAUUCAAACUCAACGUCAACGACUACGUCAUGCUGCAGGCGUCCCGCGGCUGCUGCGGCAGAGCAAAACUCCUUAUGCUGUAGUCAUGGCUAUAUUAUACCCGUGUUCAUAUUGUUUGUGCUUGUUCUAAUUGUACUGCUGUUGCCUUGGGAAACAUUAAAUGGCCAUAUGGACGAAACUACCCCCGUCGAAAAGCCGUUGCCUUGUCAACUCCAGCUGGUGGAGACGAUACCAAUUGGCUUGAACUACUCGCACGAUAGUCCCAAAUUUAUGAGCACCUUCGAGGCGUGGCAGUUGCUGCUGACCAAAGCAAAGGCGACGAUAGACAUAGCUGCUCCGUACUGGACAUUGCGUGGGGUGGAUGUGAAUGACACAAGCACCCAUCUGGGUGAGCAGCUAUUCCAGCGCUUGCUCUCGAAUGGGGACCCGGGCAAGCCCAAGUUACGCAUACGCAUUGCGCUGAACAAAAGCCUGGAGAGCUCGUGGCAUGCGGAUGCCCGAAUCUUUGCCAACUAUGGCGCCGCUCAAGUGGUGGCCGUCAAGCUGGCCAAUGAGGGUGGUGCCUUGCACACAAAGCUCUGGAUUGUGGAUGGACAGCAUUUCUAUUUGGGCAGCGCAAACAUGGACUGGCGCUCGUUGACCCAAGUCAAGGAGCUGGGCGUCCUUGCCCAGAACUGUCCGCAGCUGGCUCGCGAUUUGUCCAAGAUCUUCAAGGCCUACUGGCAGCUGGGCAGCGAUAAGGAUGCACUCAUGCCCAAGCCGUGGCCAUGGUCCUAUUAUACCACAUACAAUCUACGUCAGCCCAUGCUCAUCCGCGUCAACAGAAACUAUACCAUGCGUGCCUAUAUAUCCAGUGCACCGCCGCCGCUAACGGCCAGCGGACGUACCCAUGAUCUGGAUGCCAUCUUAAACUGCAUAGAUACGGCUCUGGAAUUUGUGCAUAUCGCUGUCAUGGACUACUAUCCGCUGAUUUUGCUGGGCGGCAAAUUGGAGUUUUGGCCGCCCAUUGAUAACGCUCUACGAAAAGCAGCCGUGGAGCGUGGCGUGACCAUCAAGCUGUUGAUAUCGUGGUGGAAGCAUUCGGAUCCCAACGAGGAUAACUACCUGCGUUCGCUGCAGGAGUUGUCCACUCUCAACCACCAAGUAGAUAUACAAAUUCGCCGUUUUAUUGUGCCUUCGGAUGAGCAGCAGCUGAAGAUACCCUUUGCCCGUGUCAAUCACAAUGCCUACAUGGUCACCGAGCGAGUUGCGUAUAUAGGCACCUCCAACUGGUCGGGCGAGUAUUUCACCCACACGGCUGGCGUCGGUCUGGUCCUGGCCGAUGUGGACUUUGAAAACGAAACGCAACACACUUUGCGCUCGGAUGUUUUAGAUGUUUUUGCAAGGGAUUGGCAUAGUCCGUAUGCGCUGCCGCUGAAAUAUAAUUUGCGUCUUUGAGUUUUUAAUGUUAAAUAUUUAAAUUUUGCGCGCGCUCGUUUCGCCGCGCUGUUGUUUUACAACACUGCCACAUUAAGCUGCUGCAUGUCAUAACAAUUAGUCACAUCCAACCUCAAUU